AUGGAGCCUCGAGCGCGCGCCGGCAAAAAUGUCGGUAAGAUGAAUUUUACGGCCAACGACUUAAGCCUGAUCCUCUACGGCUUUGGCGACGUCCGAAACCCCUCCCAGAAACCAUUCGCGUGCCAACCGCGCCGCCCACCACGCCGGCCGCCAAAAAUCAAGGCCGAAGACUUCUCCUUUGCCUUUCGCCGCAACCCUUCCUUCCUUGGCAAGAUCCAAGAGGUGUUUGAGAAGAAGAACGAGAUUGAGAGCGCGCGCAAGAUUUUCAAAGAGACCGAGGACGACAUCGUCAAGGAAGCCGCCGCUACCGAGGCCAAGGGCGGCAAGGCGGGUGGCGCAGGUGGCGGCGCGGCAGGCGACGCUGCCGCGGACGGAGAGGGUGGCGCGACAGCAGGCAGCGUGGCGGGUGGCACCACCGCCGAGACGGGAAGAGCGGCACCGGCGGAAGAGGAGGCGCUAGGGGAACAGGAUGAUGAUGCGGAGGCGGAGGCGGAUGUUUUGCGUAAAAGGUGA